AUGUGGUCUCCGAGGGAGGUGCGCACCGGCCUGGCGUCGCUGGCACUGCUGCUUCUGCUGCAGGCGGUGACCCUGAGUACCUGCCAGCAGAACCGGUCGCUCAUGCCGCCCAGCGUUGCUCUGGGACUCGGCUCUGCGGCUGGACCUGGCCCCACACAGGGGCUAGGCUCGGCGCCGGGUCCCGUCGCCGCACUGCUCACAGAGAGAGUGAAGCGUAACAUGGACUCCGGUAAAAUCCAGAUCAACGACCCGAUGUGCGGCCUGAAGCCGCGGCGGAAGCGUCAGACGGGGACAUCGGAAGGAGGCGUGCUCAGCGUGGAGCAUGAGCUUUUUAUCGUCGGAGGAGCGACCGCAGAGGUCGGACAGUUUCCCUGGCUGGUCGGCAUUGCCAACUUCUUCAGUACCGCGCCUUUCUGCGGCGGUGCCAUCAUCAACGAGCGCUUCGUCGUCACCGCCGCCCACUGCCUGAUAAGCCGGUCUGCAAUCACGCUGGCCGUGCUCGUCAACAAACACCUGAGGAGGGACGAUGAGCGACAGAUCAAGUUUAGCAUCGAGAAGAUCAUCCGACAUCCCGAUUACAACAGAAGGACGGUCAACGAUGACCUGGCCCUCCUCAAGCUGAAGGACGGGGAGGGCUGGCUGCACGACCUUCUGGUGAGCGGCAUCGUGCGGCCCAUCUGUCUGCCUGAGGAGCCGUGUGCGGGCACCGGUCGGCCGGCCUGCCUGCUGGAUCGCGACGUCACUAUCGCCGGCUGGGGCUCGCUGGCCGAGAAGGGCGCCAAGCCCACCGCCCUGCAGGUUGCCACCGUGAAGGUGCUGCCCAACGAGGUCUGCCGUGACGCCUACCGCAACGCCUUCCGCGGGAUCGUCCUCACCGUCAACGACGACAUGCUGUGCGCGGGUCAGCGCGACGGCGGCACAGACACCUGCGAUGGUGACAGCGGCGGGCCGAUGAUGCUCGAAAUCAACGGCAAGAUCACCCUGGUAGGCGUCGUCAGCUUCGGCAAGUUCUGCGCGUCGCCCGACUACCCCGGCGUCUACGCUCGUGUCUCAGGUGGCGAGCUCUAUUUGCCGACGUCGCCGCUGCUCAAUGGACUGACGUAG